GUCUGGACUGUAAUUAGUAAUUAUAUGUUUCGUGUCGGGGGCAUUUAUUUUUGAACACAGCAUUUGACUUAUUUGAUUUAACUAGAUCGAAUUGAUUUAAAAACUUAAAAAUUCAUUUAAAUUUUAUUUACAAACUCGACUACUAUCGACCUACUGACUUAUAUUUGAUAAUUUGACUAUUUGUAAAUUUGGUGGCAUUUCGAUGUCGGAUAAAGAAUUUUUCAAUAAAUUUAAUCUAAAUGACUGGAUUAUUAAACAAUGUUCAAGUAUAGGUUUGAAGAUUGCAACUCCGAUUCAGUCAAAUUGUAUACCAGAAAUUUUAAAAGGCAAGGAUUGCAUCGGUGCCGCAAAAACAGGUAGUGGAAAAACAUUGGCUUUUACUUUACCAAUACUUCAAAAAUUAUGUGAAGAUCCAUAUGGCAUUUUUGCAUUAAUUUUAACUCCAACGAGAGAGUUAGCUUAUCAAAUUGCCGAUCAGUUUGCAGUUCUUGGAAAACCUAUAAAUUUAAAACACUGUGUCAUUGUAGGAGGCAUGGACAUGGUAGAACAAGGCAUUAAGUUAUCUAAACAUCCUCACAUUGUAGUUGCAACACCGGGUCGUUUAGCUGAUCAUUUAGAAAGUUGUAAUACUUUCACUUUGUCUCGAAUAAAAUUUUUAGUACUUGAUGAGGCAGAUAGACUUCUAAGUGGACAAUUCGAUAAGCAAAUAAAACUUAUAUUCAAUAAUUUACCUAAAAUAAGGCAAAAUUUGUUUUUUUCUGCUACAAUAACUGAUACGUUAGAACAGUUGAAAGAAGUCACAGGGAAAGAAGUUUUUCUUUAUGAAACUCCUUCUGAAAUUGCUACGGUUGAACAAUUGGAACAAAAUUACAUACUUUGUCCAAAAGAUGUCAAAGACGCAUAUCUUGUACAGGCAAUUAGAGAAUAUAGGACUAAAAAUCAGAAAGGAAAUAUUAUCAUUUUUACUAACACUUGUAAGGAUUGUCAAAUUUUAUCAAUGACACUAAAUGAAGUUGGUUUUGAAAAUGUAGCACUUCAUGCAAUGAUUACACAACUGCAAAGACUUGCAGCGUUAACAAGGUUCAAAAGCAACACUGUUACAAUCUUACUAGCUACAGAUGUAGCAAGCAGAGGAUUAGAUAUACCAACAGUUGAACUAGUAAUCAACCAUACAAUUCCAAAAGUUCCUAAAGAAUAUAUACAUAGAGUUGGUAGAACUGCAAGAGCGGGUCGAGGUGGAAAAGCUAUUACUUUGAUUACACCAUACGAUAUAAAAAUGUUACAAGCAGUUGAAAAGGAAAUAAACAUUAAACUGACUGAAAUCAAAGUUGAUGAUAAUGAGGUUAGUCAAAUAUUUACACAAAUAUCUGUAACCAAAAGUGAGGCACAUAUAAAAUUAGAUGAGGAUGAUUUUUAUGAAAAAAAGUUGAUUAACAAAAGAAAAAAAUGGAUUUUGGAAGGUUUGGAUCCAGAUGAGGAAGAAAGCAAAAUGCUUAAAAGAUCCAGGAAGAAGAACACCAAGAAAUUAAAGAAGAAAUAUAAUAAUAAACUUUUUAUAAGUAACGAUGGAAACAGUUAAUUGUAAUAAUAAAUAUCUUAAUUUUUA